UACACGAAAAACAACUUCGACAAUCCGCCACCACGAAUCCUGCCGUUCUCUGGUGUGAAGCCCGCGACUGACGGCCUGAUUCGACCAGUGGCAUUUCGACCAUUAGCAUCACAGAACGACGAUCCAUCUUAUCCUCCUGGCAAUGUUACACGUCUAGAUCGACAAGUUAUCCGAGGGGACUCGACCAAAUCAACAACGAAUAUGAGUCAAUUAAUUAGCACACAGUUGCAGAAAAGUCGGGUCAUGUUUCAACCAAGUACGAGCUUCACUUCACAAAAACCGCAAGAAAACGAAUACGAUACCGUUCCCGACUACAUGGAAAAGGAGAAAAUGAGUGAUUGUACGUUUUUUUCUGCUCUUGUCAUUAACUCCUUUAA